AUGAUGUUGACACAGGAAGAUGACAAACAAGAAAGUCAUUUUCACAUUGCUGUUAGUUGCAUUGCUCAGUCACUCAAGGCUCAUAUUAUCAAUCGGUCAAAUGAUGAAAUUGCAAUAUGCUUCUUUAACACUCGUGAAAAGAAGAAUCUUCAGGAUCUAAAUGGUGUCUAUGUCUAUAAUGUUCCAGAAAGAGAGUGUAUUGACCGUCCAACAGCGAGGCUGAUUAAAGACUUCGAUCUCAUAGAAGACUCAUUUAUAAAAGAUAUUGGCAGUCAAAAUGGUAUAGUCUCAGAUUCUCGGGAGAAUUCUCUUUAUAGUGCUCUCUGGGUUGCACAAGCACUGCUGCGCAAAGGAUCUUCAAAGACAGCAGAUAAGCGCAUAUUUCUAUUCACCAAUGAGGAUGAUCCUUUUGGGAGUAUGAGGAUUUCUGUAAAAGAGGAUAUGACAAGGACUACCUUGCAGAGAGCUAAGGAUGCACAAGACCUUGGCAUCUCAAUCGAGCUUCUUCCCCUCAGCCAGCAUGAUAAGCAAUUCAAUAUAUCUCUCUUCUACAAGGAUUUAAUUGGAUUAAACAGUGAUGAACUUACGGAGUUCAUGCCAUCAGUUGGACAGAAUCAGAAUAUCAUGUUCACAGCCGCAGAGCUAUCCCAAGUAAAAAAAAUAUCAACUGGACACUUGAGACUGUUGGGUUUCAAGCCACUUAGUUGCCUCAAAGAUUAUCACAAUAUGAAGCCUUCUACAUUUCUCUAUCCAAGUGAUAAGGAAGUUAUUGGGAGCACUCGUGCAUUCAUUGCCUUGCAUAGAUCCAUGAUACAGCUUGGACGUUUUGCUGUUGCAUUUUAUGGUGGCACUACACCUCCAAGAUUGGUUGCGCUUAUUGCUCAGUUGCAUUCGAAACCUGGUGUAGCUGCUCCUCGAGCAUCAGACGAGCAGCUUAAAAAGGCAUCAGCUCUAAUGCGACGUCUAGAGUUAAAAGACUUUUCUGUUAGCCAAUUUGCUAAUCCAGCUUUACAGAGACACUACGCGAUCUUGCAAGCCAUUGCACUGGAUGAAGACGAGCUUCGUGAAACAAAAGACGAGACGCUUCCUGACGAAGAAGGAAUGAAGAGACCUGGAGUUGUAAAAGCAAUAGAAGAGUUUAAGCAGUCGAUUUACGGUGAUGACUCUGGUGAAGAAAGUGACUCAGGGGCAAAGGAUAAAUCAAGAAAGCGAAAAGCAGGUGUUGCAGAUGCAGGAAAUUAUGACUAUAUAGAGCUUGCAAAUACGGGAAAGCUUAAGGACUUGACGGUGGUCGAACUGAAGACGUAUUUGACUGCCAACAAUCUUCCUGUUGGCGGGAAGAAAGAAGUUCUGAUCAAUCGGAUUCUGACUCACAUUGGUACUAAGACUUAA